GCGUCCAAAGCUUCCCUGUACUUUUUUGACAAAUGUCCUUGACAGGGCGACCAGAGCUUCUUCGGAAGCUCAAGUCGGCGGCGGUGGCAGGAAGACAGAAAGAACUUCUAGAUGCUGACAUUACGGUAGAAGAACUCAUAGAAGUAAUGAAUGCACUCCCGGCAGGUUUUAAACUGAUCACUCCUGAUCGUAUUGUGGAGUUUGAUGAGGGUGAUGUCACUCUGCGCUGUCACCUCUCUCCUGAAACCAGUGCUGUUGCCAUGGAGAUCAGGUGGUUUAGGGGGACCGACUGUAUCUACCUGUAUAAGAAUGGUCAUGUGAUAGAGGGGAGGGGCUACGAGGGCAGAGUGAGUGUGGACCCCCAGCAGCUGCAGAGAGGAGAUGUGUCUCUCACACUGAGGGGCUGCACAUGGGGACAUGAUAAAGGAGUGUACACAUGCCAGGUCAUCUGUGAAGGACACCAGGAGGAGGGAAGAGUCGGGUUGUGGGUCAAACGUCUGGAUCCUUCUCAACGCAGGAGAAUAAACAGCAUAAAUCUGCCACCAAGGAUGAAGCAGGAAGAGAGGAAGGAAAUGGAGGAAUCUGUCCAGUCUCUGGCUCUCCCUGCAUGGCGGAAGGCAACUGACGAGUUAAUGGAGAAAAACAAACAACUGGAGGAAAACAAGAAAACAAUGGAGGAGAAAGACUUGGAAAUGGAGAAGAUGAACCUGCAGUUAGAGGAGAAGAACAGAGAGAUGGAGAAGACAUUUCAGGAGAAAGACAAACAGCUACAAGAUAAAGAUGUGGAAAUAGAGAAGAGGAACCAAGGGAUGGAGAAGAUGAACCUGCAGCUAGAGGAGAAGAACAGAGAGAUAACUGAGAGAAACAAAAAUCUAGAAGAGGGCAGGACAACUCUUCAGGAAAAAGACAAACAACUAAAAGAUAAAGAUGUGGAAAUGGAGGAGAGGAAAAGACUUGAACAUGAGAGAGACAAACAGAUAGAAGAGAGAGAAAUCAAAAUCAAGGAGAGAGACAAGAGGAUAGAGGAGAGUGAGAACAACUCCCAGGAGAAAACCAAACAAUUAGAGAUGAAAGACAAACUACUGCAGGGAAAGGACUUGCAGAUUAAAGAUGGAGAAAAUAAUCUCAAGGAGAACAUGCAACUUCUGGAGGAGAACAAAAAGAGACUGAUGGAGAGAGAGAAGAUGCUGGAGGACAAGAAAAGAGAGAUGGAGAAGAUGACACAACAGCUAGAAGAAAAGAACAGAGGCAUGGAGAACAUGAACCAACAACUUGAUGAGAAGAACAAACUUCUCCAUCAAAGAGACACAGAACUGGAGAACAUGACCAUACGAGAGAGGGAGACAGAGAGAUUACUGGGGAACAUGACCAGUGAGGUAGAGACCACUAAAAGACAACUGGAGUCACUGGAAAAGGAACUGCAGGACAGGAACAGCCAACUACAGGACCUGAGAACCCAACUGCAGGAACAAGAGAGGGAGCUGGAGGAGAGAGAUAAACAGCUGGAGGAGAGAGAUAAACAGCUGAAGGAGAUAAUCAAACAGCUGGAGGAGAAAGAUAAACAGCAGGAGAGAGAAAGAGAACAUCUGCCUGAUUUAACAGACGAACCAGAGCCACCAGUGGCAGAGCCCUCGCCAGUCCCAGCCGCACCUGAGCAGCAGAUUCACAUGGAGUUCAGCCUGCAGCAGCCCUUUACCCCAGAGCUGGCAGAUGUCUCCUCACCACAGUUUAGGAGCUUGGCUGCAAACGUUUCAGCAGUGCUGAACACAAUCUACUCUAAAAAGUUUGGAUCCCAGUUUGUUGGCACACACAUCAACAGUGUCAGACGAGGAUCAGUUGUGGAGUUUGUCCUGAUAUUCAAGAACAAUGUUCCGGACGCUCCGGUUCUGAUCUCCACACUGAAGGAAGCCAUUGCUGAAAAGAGUCCAGAUGUUUCUGCGCUUCUCAUCAAGCCCAACUCUAUAGCUCUUAAAGAUAUGAGGAUGAGACAUGCUGCAUUUGGUCCCAGUGAUAUGAUGAUGAGACGUCCCAGUGGUCCCAGUGGUCCCAGUGGUCCCAGUGGUCCCAGUGGUCCCAGUGGUCCCAGUGAUAUGAUGAUGAGACGUCCCAGUGGUCCCAGUGAUAUGAUGAUGAGACGUCCCAGUGGUCCCAGUGGUCCCAGUGGUCCCAGUGGUCCCAGUGGUCCCAGUGGUCCCAGUGGUCCCAGUGGUCCCAGUGGUCCCAGUGGUCCCAGUGGUCCCAGUGGUAAGUACCAGAGAGGAGUUGGAGUAUAUGAUGAUGAGACGUAA